UCUGUCCUGAGCUGACGCUAGAAACUUUGGGCUGGCCCUGGCCUGGGCCAUCCCUUCGGCUGCCAGCCAACGCUCCUGACCACGCUCGCGCCUUCCAGCAGCCUUCCUGCCAGUCCACUAUUCAAUCCCAGCGCGUCUACCCUUGCGCCGAGCCGCAAUUUCGUCAGAAAAACAACUCGAUGUUUUGAGAGCAAGACGGUGGUUGAGGUGAAACAGCCCGAGUGCCUCUCAGCUCCAAACUGAGUCUUUCGAGUCCGCUUACGCUGCAGAUUUCGAGUCGUCGUCCUGAAUCCAGUCGAGAGUCCUACCCUCGGGGCCUGUAAACAAGAAAGUGAAACGGCCUAUUCUUUAGCCUUCAAAAUUCGCCGCGCCUCAACAUAGCUUCUGAACUCGCUCGUUCAGUCCUACUUCACUGUGACAGUAAUAGAAGAAAAUGGCCAAGUCGAGAGCAUCAGUCACGAUAACAAAACCCGCGUCAAAAACCCCGUAUUCCAUCGCCGCGCGAUCGCGCCAGUCUCAGCACCAGCACCGUUUAACUCACUAUCCGGCGCACCUUCAAGCCCUAGCCCUCGCGUCGCACACGCAGCCAGACGCCGCCUCGUCCCUUCCUCUGCCGCACCCUCAAUUUGAAGUUCCUCGCGACAUCGCCCUCGCUAUCGGGUCCGUCACCAGCGCAGUCGGCGGCGUGCGGCCGCCAGCGGCGUUUUUUCCGGCCAGCGAAUCCGAGAUGCUGCUACCUGUCGCGGCUGCACCCGCCGCCGCCGCCGCGUCAACUCUUCCGCCAUGGAUUACGCCGCUCCCCGUCGAUCCGACGGUCAGCGGCGGCGGCAAUCACAAUCAGCAUGUAUUCUCCAACAUGAUGUUCCAAUCGCCGGCGGCGGCGGCGGCGGCUGCCAAUCAGCAUUCGAGACUGCAUCGCCGUACUACUAACAACACGGACGCCGCGACGUCCCCUUCUAACUCGUCAGAAGGUAAGAGAAGCAGCGGCACCGACAGCGACGCCGGCGACGGGAAUCCCGCGGGAGAUGCGGCCGGCACGCCGAGGGGGUUACUAGUAGCAGCAGCGGAGAAUGCCCCAAACGGCCAGAAGCGGAAAGGAUUGGACGAGGUAGUCGCAGAGUUAAACCGGAGCCUUGAAUACCCUUCUUACAACGCCGCUCCUCGCGGCGGCGGCGGCGACGGCGGCGGCGGGGUCGCCGCGACUAAUUCGGCCAACAGCAGCGGCGGAGCGAGCGGGAGCAGCGCGCCGAGCCAAUCUCAAUCCGGAGGCGCGGCGAAUACCGCGGCGGGCGGCUCGUUCUCGAUGCUCGGCGGCGCUGCGGCGGCUGCGGGAAAUUGGCGUCACCCAGGGCUGAGCCAUUAUCACGGGUUGAGCCAACUGGCGGCCGCUGGUAGGAUGUGCUCGUCCGCUGACGUGGCAGCUGCGGCCGCCGUGGCAGCGGCGCCUUGUUGGGAAAAGAUGGUUAUGACGGGUCCCUGGUUGCGAAAUGGAGGGCAGUCCGCGUCUGCGUCCGCAUCAGCAGCGGCGGCGGCAGCAGCGGCGGCAGGCGCGCAGCAGCAUCGGCAGAUGAUGAGACUGCGGCUCGCGAAGCAGGCGGAGCGGGAGCUGUUAGCGCGCUUGCAGCGGGAGACGGAGCGACAGCUAGCGCAACGCCGGGAGCGCGGGGAAGCUAAGGAGGCGGCGGACGCGGCAGCGAACGCCUCUGCUGUGGCCGCUACGGCGGCGCCUGCUGGGGACGCGCCGCCGUUUCACCUCACGGGAUUGCCGCGCCACAUGGUGUCGCUAAGCUUAGGCCGCGGCGGCGGCGGCGGAAGCGGAGGCGGAGGUGGGCUGCAGAGAUGGUCGUCGCUACCUGUGGGGACGACGGGCAUGAUGGGAGAAGAAACGACGGAGAUGGCCGAAAUGUCAGACGUGGCACAGAUGGCACGCAUGUUGCAGAUGCCGCAGAUGAUGCAGAUGGUGGUUACUUCUGGUGGUAACCAUGGGGUUACUAGCAAUGGUGCCAUGCCAGCCCCUCCGCGACUCGCGCUCCCCAACGAGCUGCUCGCGUCUCGCCGCACGCUCAGUCUGCCGCCCGACUCGCUGCACGCCCUGUGGCCGGCAAGAGCAGGGAAGGACGGGCGGCAGGGCGAAGGGCAGGAGGGCGCACUGCUGUCCCCAGCAAAGAAGCACCGCGGCUCAAGUGGAAUGGACUUUGCUGGAACUUUCCCCUCCUGCGCCUCCUCUACUGCUGCUGCUGCUGCUGCCGCUGCUGGCGUAAGAGAGGGUGGUGCUGCGUCUGUAGCUGCUACAGCGCCGGGGAGUAGGCUCAGCAGCUCUGGCAGCAUUGGCGCUGGCACUGGUAUUACUGCAGCUAUGACUGCUGCUGCUUCUGCUGCUACCAGCCAAGAUCCUUCAGGCUUCAGAAACAAGGGCAGGCAGCGGCGGCGGCGGCAGCACUCGCAGUUGGGAGAGCUGGCAGAAGCAGCAGCAGCAGCAAUGGCGGCAGGCAUUGGAUCCGGAUUUGACUCCCCUAGAACCACACCUGGAGCCACUCCUGAAGGCACUCUUCCUGUGGCCAUCCCUGCACAUGUGCUGCUGCAGGGUGCGAAUUCAAGCCCGCUUCGCAGGUGGGCGUCCCUUCCCACGGCCUCGUCCAUCCUGUCUGCUGCCGCGGCUGCUGCGGACGACCUCGUGAUGAUGGAUGCGCCACCACAUGGCGGGGACGAUACUAUGGACGCAGCAACAGCAACAGCAACAGCAACAGCAACAGCAACAGCAGCGGCCACGGCUGUGGCUAUGGCGGCUGCUGCUGCAGAGGCAGUGGAGCCUGUGGUGGCUCCUAAUCCAGAGGCGGCACCGGAGACCAUUCCAACUGCCGCUGCUGCCGCUGGUGCUGCGGUUGUAGCUGCUGCUCCGGUUGCUGCUGGUUUGGCAGAGCACUGUGCGCAGACGGCAGAGUGCUCCUCCAUGCUCUCGCGCCUGCUGCUCUCCACGCCUCGCUCUGCAAACCAUACACCUGCUGGUGGUGCGCUGGUGUUAUCCUCUCCUGCCCUUGUGCCCGCCUCAGCAAAAGCUUGCACCCCUGCAGCAGCACCAGCGGCAGCAGAGGCAUGUGGUAGUGGAGACAGUGGUGCUGCGGGUGGUGGCGGUUCUGCUGGUGGGCCUGGUGGUGCGGUGCAUUUGCUGCGCAUGCCGCACUCGGCGCUAGGCUGCUCGAGGCUCAGCCCACAAAGAUCCACUCCCACCACCUCUACCAGCAGCAAGGUUACCACCUGUAAGGAUACAAGAGAUAAGGUUACAAAUGAGAAGGUUACCGGCAGCAGGGUUGCCAGCAGCGCCACCGCAACCACACACCCCUCCGCCUCCCUUGCUUCUGACAAGCAGCCAACACAACAUACCUCUUCCUCCAUGGCUCCCUGUGCUGCCGCACCUGCUGUUACUGCGCCUGCUGUUACCGCACCUGCUGUUACGACACCUGCUGUUACCGCACCUGGCCUCACUUCUGCUGAUGCGGUAACGAAUGCGAGCGCACGUGGAGAUGGGGGAGAGGCUGACAUGGAGUGCGAUACUGAGCUGCGCAUGAUGUGCUCUGGGGAGAUACCUUCCACUCAUGCUGCUGCUGCUUCUGCUGCUCCUGCAGCUGCUGCUGCUGCUGCUGCUGCUGCUGCUGCUGCUGCUACUGCUUGUGGCAGGGGAGAGAGGGUGCAUGACUGGAUGGGAGGAGGUGGAGAGGCAAGCAGGAGGAGCACCUGGGCGUGUGCUGGAGGGAGUCCUUUUGUUGCGUGUUCACUGGACUUGGACCUGCACCUAUAGUCACAUCACAUGUAUCGAUACCUUAUCAGUAUCAGUGAUUUGUCCGCUUUUUAAACCUGCUUGUGCUCACUGAUGUACAUACUCACCAUUCUAUAGAUUCCUGGCCUCGUUUAGUAAUACAGUAGCCCUUGCUGUUAAUGCUUAUCUGUACGUUUUAUACGUUAUAAUGCAACCAAUUCCGAA